CUCAACAUAAUACUGUUUCUCUGGUAUGUAGUAUAAUCCUAAAUUGCACUCAAACGUUCCGUUCCCCUUAAGGGUGUUGACACUGUAUUUGACAGCUCUUUCAUAGAUGGCGCGAUAGCGCACUUUCUUUUCUUAUGCCAUGGGAGGCCCCAGAACCCUCAGACCUGUUUCAGCUCCGAAAUAGUUAAGAUGUCAAUUGAUCCUAACGAGGCCAGAGGCGGGAGUGGCAGGCGUAGAAGACAGUCUGCCGUCCCGUCCUUGGACCCGCGCGUUAAUAACUUUGUAGAUUUAAUUGACGUAGAACAAGUUGGUGAAUUUAGCCAAGAUGAUGAAGUGUCAGUGCCAAGUGAGUCGUCGGCGGAACGCCGAGCCUAUGCAGAGAUCGAGAGGAUGCGGCAGCAACGGGAAUUUGAGAGGCAGCAACGUGACAGGGAGAGGCAGGAAGAAACGGAGCGACGUCGACGGGAGAGGCAAGAACGCCACCAGCAGCGGGAUCGCGAGGGUCGCCUUCGACGAGGCAAGAGCCGAUCGUCGUUCGAGGAAGAACGUCGCAACCGCGAUGCACGCCCCAGAUCCAGGUCCCCGCACCGCUCCAGACCGUCCCAGACGCCCGUAGUUCCGGCGCCUCCCGCCACGAGAAAUGCACUUCCACCGUCGCCGCCGCCGUCAGCCGGGACAUCGGAAAGAUCUCAGCAUCCAAGAAAGGUCCUGGUCUCGAAAGAAGAUUCGAGAAACCUCGCCGACUGGCUGAACAAGAGCGUCACGCCAGCCGAACUGAAGGGUUUUGCAGACAAAUACCCGAUUGAAUUCGAAAAGAAAGAAUUCAGCCUGGCUCCUCCACGUCUGGACGACUGGAUGACCAGGCGACUAAAAGAGUCCGCCGCCCACAAACCAGCCGAAGCGGCAGAGAAAACGUGGCUUUCGGUACCUAAAGUGCUGGACAUAGCAGGACCGCUUGUCUAUCUCCACCAGCUGACGAAGCAGGGUCGCCCGCUGGAUAUGGAAGAGGUGUCCGAAAACGUUAAAGUGGCGCUGGAACUAACAGCCGCAGCGUCCUACGACAUCAACCGUAGAAGACGCCGGAACAUCCUCAACCAUACCGACCCUCGCUCCGACUACUUGCUGGAGGACCCCAAAUCCUUUUCAAGCAAGCAAACAGUUUCGUCACUGUUUGGCAAACGCUUCCUCGAAGCCAUGUUGAAAGAAGCGGACCAAGACGAAAAACUAAGCCGUCGUGGUCCACCAGGCCGCCCCAAAACAGCUGCAGGACCGGUAACACGAUCAAAAUCCGGCAGAGGAGGCAGAGGGCAAUUUCCAUUCGACAACGAUCGAGGCGGCGGACGUGGGAGAAGAGGAGGAAGAAGCCGUGGCAGAGGAAGACGUGGCCGAGGAGGCCAGCAUUUCGCCAAUCAUUAGAAGACGCGGAGAUUGCGGAACGCUCCACCUAACUUUAUGUUUUUUGUUUCGAGCGCAAGCGCAUCUUUCGCAUUUCAAUUCGUUGAUUUUGUAAGGGAAUUCUUCCCAUUUUUUGUUUGUAUUUACCCAAACGUUCGGACUGUCACAGGUCUGAGGGUUCUGGGGCCUCCCAUGGCAUAAGAAAAGAAAGUGCGCUAUCGCGCCAUCUAUGAAAGAGCUGUCAAAUACAGUGUCAACACCCUUAA